AAUCGCACGCACAGCAGCAUUCGCAGCCGCAACAAUGAGCCAAUUCUACCUGCCCUCAUCGCAAACGCCGUCCUCAAGCGCCAGCGCCGCCUCCGCCUCAGCCCCCGCCUCCGACGACGACGACACCACGCUCCCCUACCCGCACCCCCUCCCACGCAGCGACUUCGCCGCGCCGCCCGCCGCCUUCUCCGCCUCCACCUACCUCAGCUCCCUCUCCCACCGGCACCAGACGCUCGCAGACCUGCGCGCGGACCUGCGCGCCCGCUCGCAGCAGAUCACGCGCGAGCUGCUCGACCUCGUCAACGCGAACUAUGCGGAUUUCCUGUCGCUAGGGCAGGCGCUGCAGGGGGGCGAGGAAAGGGUCGAGGAGGUUAGGGUGGGGCUGUUGGGGCUGCGGGGCGCGGUGGGGGAUGUUAGGGGUGUGGUGGGCGGGAGGGAGAGCGAGCUUAGCGAGUUGCUGGAGGAGCGGGAGGAGGUGAGGCGGCUGCGCGGGCUGGGCGGCGCGCUGUUGGAGGUUGAGCGGCGGGUGGGGGAGCUGGAGGCGGGACUGUUGCUGGUCGGGCAGUUGCAGGGCCAGAACCUACAGCAGCAGAAUCAGCAGCAAAAGCAGCGGCAGGGCAAGAACGCCGGCACCAACUCCGCCGAUGACUCCGACGACGACCUCGACGACAACUCCAGCGCCAGCGACAGCGACGACGACGACGACGACGACGACGCCCUCCUCAGCGGCAGCGUGCCGCUCACGCGCCUCCGUCGCCUCGUACAGCAAUACCUCGGCGUCAAGCAGCUGACGGCGCGCAUCGGGCCCGCGCACCCCUUCCUCGUGGCGCAGGAGCCGCGCAUCCUCAAGGUGCGCAACACGCUGCUGCUGGACCUGGGCGUGGCGCUCAAGCAGGCGCGCGCGGCGGGCGUGCCGGGCCGCGAGCGCGUGCUUAGGCUUAUGCAGGCGUAUGCUGAUAUGGAUGAGAGUGCUGAGGCGGUUAAGGUGUUGAGGGAGGUGGGGGGUGGGAAGAGGAAGUAG